AUGUCUCUAAAACCAAGAAGGUUUUGCGUAUGUAUCUAUCUAUCUAUCUAUCUAUCUAUCUAUCUAUCUAUCUAUCUCAUCUUUUCAUUAUCUAUCUAUCUAUCUAUUUAUUUAUUUGAGACUGAUGAUAUCUAUAUCUAUAAAACAGACGAUGGCAAUAAGGAUGUGUGCAUGCAAGCGGGGAUCAAUCUGUGGAUAAACAUAUCUUUCGCAUUUUGUUCAAAUCUAUCUAUCUAUCUAUCUAUCUAUCUAUCUAUCUCAGUUUGUUCAUAUCUAUCUAUCUAUCUAGCUAUCUAUCUAUCUAUCUAUCUAUCUAUCUAUCUAUCUAUCUAUCUAUUACAUCUGUUCAUUAUCUAUCUAUCUAUCUCAGUCUGUUCAUUAUCUAUCUAUCUAUCUAUCUAUCUAUCUAUCUAUCUAUCUAUCUAUCUCAAUCUGUUCAUUAUCUAUCUAUCUAUUUCAGUUUGUUCGUAUCUCUCUUUGAUCAUAUCUAUCUAUCUAUCUAUCUAUCUAUCUAUCUAUCUAUCUAUCUAUCUCAGUCUGUUCAUUAUCUAUCUAUCUAUCUAUCUAUCUAUCUAUCUAUCUAUCUAUCUAUCUCAGUCUGUUCAUUAUCUAUCUAUCUAUCUAUCUAUCUAUCUAUCUAUCUAUUUCAGAACAGCCGUUAGACGUAACACGCAUCAAAACGAUAACUUAACCUUGAAGAGCAGAAUACCAAAUCCUUCAUCUAUCAACUCGAUUACGGAAAGUUGUCCAGAUCAAUUCGAUAGGCUUCUUCGUGUUUCGAACACUCUUGGCUGUCGACUUAACGGGGAAGAAGCGGACAAAUUUAGACAUGAGGAGACAAAGUCGAAAUUCAAUAAUUCUGGUUCUAUCUAUCUAUCUAUCUAUCUAUCUAUCUAUCUAUCUAUCUAUCUAUCUAUCUAUCUAUCUAUCUAUCUAAUUAUCCAAUUCUCGAGAUCUAUCUAUCUAUCUAUCUAUCUAUCUAAUUCUCUAGAUUAUUUAUCUAUCUAUCCAAUUUUCGAGAUCUAUCUAUCUAUCUAUCUAUCUAUCUAUGUAUCUAAUUCUAUAGAUUAUUAUCUCAUUCAUCUAUCUAUCUAUCUAUCUAUCUAUCUAUCUAUCCAAUUUUCGAGAUCUAUCUAUCUAUCUAUCUAUCUAUCUAUCUAUCUAUCUAUCUAUCUAUCUAAUUCUAUAGACUAUCUAUCUAUCUAUCCAAUUUUCGAGAUCUAUCUAUCUAAUUCUAUAGACUAUCUAUCUAUCUAUCCAAUUUUCGAGAUCUAUCUAUCUAUCUAUCUAUCUAUCUAUCUAAUUCUAUAG